AUGGUAGCGACACCAUCGAUACCUCGUAUUGACCUAAGCGGGUCAUCAUAUGAGAUAGGACUGCAACAUGGAAGACUCCUCCGUUCCCAAAUCCAAAGUCAACUCACAGUCUACCACUCGAUAUUCAAAGCCCUUUCUGGCCUCUCUUGGCCAAAAGUUCUAGAGUUCGCAGAAGCAUUCCAACCGACUAUCCAGAGACUCGCACCAGAACUCUAUUCCGAGAUGGAGGGUAUCGCACAAGGUGCAGGUGUCCCACUGAUUGAGAUCGUUGCUUUGAAUUCGCGGAGUGAGAUUGCGCUUGGAACGCUUGAUGAUGGGUGUACGAGUCUUGCGUGGACUCUUGAGGACAGUCAGAGAAAUGGAUCUCGGCGACAAAUUCUUGCGCAGAAUUGGGAUUGGACUGAGGAUGUUGGAAAGAACCUUGCGAAGGCCUCUAUCACUCAGCCUGGAGUACCGAAGAUAUGGAUGGUUAUCGAGCCAGGAAUCGUUGGAAAGAUAGGAUUCAACAGCUCAUCCGUCGGCGUAUGUCUCAACGCAAUCCGUGCACGGUCGAUCUCGACGUCACUACUACCGAUCCACCUUUUGCUUCGCAUCGCUCUUCAAUGCACUUCGGUAGACCACGCGAUCUCGGAGAUUGAACGUCUCGGCGGUCCAGCCUCGUCCCAACACAUCCUUAUCGCGGACUCGAAAUCCGGAGGACGUGGACUUGAGGUAUCACCUCUCGGAAGCGUCUGCCUUCCACCAGACGCAAACGGUGUCGUAGUCCACACAAACCACUUCCUCGAGAAUCGGCACGUCGAAGAGAUCCCAUGGAACAUUGGAUCGGAAACUCGGCUCACGCGAAUUCGAGAACUAGUAUCGCAAAUUCUCUCGGACAAUCCGAAAUGUGAUAGUAUCACGCCAAAGCUUCUGCGUAAACGUAUAUUCUCGGAUACUCAAGGCGCUCCGCAAGCGAUAUGCUGUUAUAGGCCAGGGACGGAGACGGACGGACGCGCGAUAAGCACUUUGUUCAAUAUCGUGAUGCAGUUUGCGCCUGGGAAGGAACCGACUGCUGAAGUGCUUCUCGGGCGUCCGGGUCCUGACAAUAAUGGACCGGUAUAUCGUAUGCCGUGGUGA